ACAUCAGCUUCAGAGAAUCUCUCUCUCCUCAACCCCUUCUUCUUUCUUCACAUUGCCGACACUUCCCGCUCACCUCUCUCUCCACAAACGCAAUGGACUUCUCCAAUAGCUUCUCAAAGCUCCUUCUCCUCCUCUUAGCCACCUCCAUCGCCACAGCAUUACCCGAAAACAAACCCACCUCAGGUCAAAUAAACUCAAACUCAGUCCUCGUAGCUCUCCUCGACUCUCACUACACAGAGCUAGCCGAGCUUGUGGAGAAAGCACUCCUCCUCCAAACCCUCGAAGAAGCAGUUGGUAGACACAACAUCACAAUCUUCGCACCACGUAACGAUGCCUUGGAACGUAACCUCGACCCUCAAUUCAAAUCUUUCUUGCUCGAACCAAGAAACCUCAAAUCGUUACAAUCUCUCUUGAUGUUCCACAUUCUCCCACGUCGUAUCUCUUCUCCUCAGUGGCCUUCGCUCUCUCAUCACCACCGUACACUCUCCAACGACCAUGUUCACCUCACCGUCGACACUACUCGCCGGUUAAAAGUCGAUUCCGCUGAGAUCGUCCGUCCAGAUGACGUCAUUAGACCUGACGGCAUCAUCCAUGGCAUCGAGCGUCUUCUUAUCCCUCGCUCUGUUCAAGAAGACUUCAACCGCCGUCGUAGUCUCCGUUCAAUCUCCGCCGUUUUACCAGAAGGAGCUCCGGAGGUUGAUCCAAGAACCCACCGUCUCAAGAAACCAGCUCCAGUCCCCGCCGGAGCCCCUCCAGUCCUCCCAGUCUACGACGCCAUGUCACCAGGUCCUUCUCUCGCUCCGGCUCCAGCUCCCGGACCCGGAGGUCCACGUCACCACUUCAACGGCGAGGCUCAAGUCAAAGACUUCAUCCACACUCUAUUGCAUUACGGUGGCUACAACGAGAUGGCUGACAUUCUCGUCAACUUAACUUCCCUAGCCACCGAGAUGGGUCGUCUCGUCUCUGAAGGUUACGUUUUAACCGUCUUGGCACCUAACGACGAGGCCAUGGCUAAGCUCACGACGGAUCAGUUGAGCGAGCCGGGUGCUCCUGAGCAGAUUGUUUAUUACCAUAUCAUACCGGAGUAUCAGACAGAAGAGAGUAUGUACAACGCAGUACGAAGAUUCGGGAAGGUGAAGUACGAUUCAUUGAGAUUCCCACACAAAGUGUUGGCUCAAGAAGCCGAUGGUUCUGUUAAGUUCGGACACGGUGAAGGCUCAGCUUAUUUGUUCGACCCUGAUAUCUACACCGACGGUCGGAUAUCAGUUCAGGGUAUUGAUGGUGUCUUGUUUCCAAUGAAGGAGACACCGGCAACGGAGAUGAAACCAGCUGCUCCGGUCGUUAAGAAAGUUGCUAAAUCAAGAAGAGGUAAAUUGAUGGAGGUAGCUUGUAGAAUGAUGGGAUCACGGUUCAUCCCAUGUCAAUGAUUUUACACGUUGUUAUCAAAAUAAAACCAGAGCUUCCAAAUUCUUGCUUCGGUAAACAUCUGGAAAAGAAAAAGAGAAAAAAAAUUGAAUAUGUAAAUGAUGUGAUUUUUGGUUCGUUGCGGUUUGCAUGCUCUAUUGUAAUUUUUUAUAUUCAAAAUAUAUAUAUGAAUACGUGGACAGUAGGUUCUGAUGAAGUUUGUUAUUUGGGGUGCAUGAAAAAGAUGGUAGAAGUUAGAGAAUUCAAUGUAAUACAAAUUACUAUACAAC